AUGUCUAUCAGCCCGUCGUACAAGCAACUGUACAACGAACAAGGAUUCGUGGUCAUCCCGAAUCUUAUCCCAGAGGCGUCGUUCAAGGAGCUGAAGGACGCCGCGGAGCGCGCUAUCGCACGCACCCGUUCGGGCGAAUGGAAGCUCAGGCGGACGGUUGGCAGCCAGUUCCCACCAUAUGACCCAGACAGUCCGGAUGCAUGGGGUGUCCAGCACAUCAUGCACCCUGACAUGAACGAGCCGGCCUUCGCUAAGUGGUACACGUCCGACCCACUCGUCGAGGCCGCGGAAGGGCUCCUUGGUUGCACUGAGGGAGAGCUGCAGAUGGAGCUGUUCAACAUGCUGAUCAACCCCGAAUCACACGCCUUUGCCUUGAGGUGGCACCGCGAUGACGUGCGCGAGAAAGCGACAGAGGACGAGGAACGCCAGGCGCUGAGCAUCUGGCACCACGGCGUUCAAUGGAACACAUUCAUGCCUCUACGUCGUCCCCGUUCUCAUCAGAUCCCCCGAACGCCGGAACAGCGCGCCCGUUCAAUCACUCAAGACCCUCCUGAGAACCCUCUGGACAUGCCGGGCGCGCUCCAAGUCACACUGAAACCCGGGGAGACUGUGUUCUACAACAACAAUAUCCUGCACUGCGCGACAUACGACCCAUACCAGAAGCGCGCAACUCUUCACGCGUGCAUGGGCGAUACCCGCGGGGGCGCCAUCCGUGCGCGCAACAUCCUGCAGCAUGGCUUGUUCUGGAUGAAGGAACCACCCUUCCGAGACACUCUUAACGAACGAGGGAAAAAGAUGCUCGAGCGACUCUUGAAGUUGCAAGAGAGUGUGAAUGGGGAUCUGGGUUACUCGCAGGUGAACUGA